AUGACUUAUCGCAAGAGAGUUCGAGCUACUGUUGAAACAGAUGCUACUGGAUCAGCAUCAAAGUCGCUACCUUCAUGUACCUCAUCUUUGAGUGAAGCUGCAUCACAACCAACCAAAAAGCAUGCUACUCAAUCACAACCAUCUCAGGUUUCUAAGUCUGUUAUAUUUGGACCAUUCUCUCCACCGGGUACAACUACAUCGAUGGUUGCACCUCCAUGUUCGAGUACUGCAAAAAGUGCGCAGCAAGCUAUAUGGAAAACACCACCUACUGGAUCAGCAUCAAAUUCACUCGAGGCAUCAACUAAAAAUAAAAUUCCACCUAAGAUUACUUCCAAGAUUUCAAUUCAACCUAAUAUCCCACCUUCAAAACCACUGAAAUACCCUUCUACUUCCUCCAGUCAGAUCCCACCUAAUAUGCCACCUCAUGUGCCGCCUUCUAGUCAUACUAAAACAUCAGCAAGAGAUUCUCAAUCACAACAAAAAAGUCUUCAAGAACCAAAGGAGAACUCAACAAAAUCGAAGUCCUUACGGGAAUAUCCGGAUUGGCGCGAAAAUGUAGAUUUUGAUGACAAGGAAGAGGUUAUGACCAUUGAUGCUAAGGGUAAUAUUGGAGUGGCGAGUGGUCCUAUUUAG